CCCCGGCUCCGCCCCUCAGCUCGGUAUGGAGGACCGGGGGGGCGACCGGAGGGAACUGGAGAGGCCGUACGAAGAAGAGGACGAAGGCAAGGCGGCGGCAGCGGCGGCAGAGGAAGCGGCCGUGGCCGUUGUCGUCCCGAAGCCCGAAGCCGACGAGGAGGCUGAGCCGGAGCAAGUGGCGGGGGGGCCUCCGGAGUUCGAGUCGGAGUGGAGCUUCGUCGACAUGGAGACCGUGUCGCUGCGCGAUCUGCCCACCGGGCUCAUCGCCUGCAACCUACCUCUGGCCGUCUUCUUCGCCGAUGGGCCGUGCAGGACCCGAUUUGAAGCUCUCUUUAAAAAAUAUGACAAAGAUGUUACCUUUCAGUAUUUUAAGAGUUUUAAAAGAAUAAGGAUAAACUUCAGCAACCCUUUGUCAGCAGCUGACGUUAAAAUCCGGUUACAUAAGACAGAAUUUCUUGGAAAGGAAUUGAAACUGUAUUUUGCUCAGUCUUUGCAUAUUGGAAGCCCACACUUAGCACCACCAGCUCCAGAAAAACAAUUCCUGAUCUCGCCUCCAUCUUCUCCUCCAGUUGGUUGGUCACAAGCAGAUGAUGCUAAACCUGCAAUUAAUUAUGAUCUUUUAUAUGCAAUCUCCAAACUAGGACCAGGAGACCGGUAUGAACUUCAUGCUGCAACUGAAACUACUCCCAGUGUUGUUGUCCAUGUGUGUGAAAAUGAUGACGAACACGAGGCAUUAGAAGAGGAAGAAGCCGCCAAGAAACCAAAACCAAAAAUUAUUCAAACCAGGAGGCCAGACUAUACUCCCACUUAUCGAAGCUGAACUACAUAGAGCUUUCAUGCGUUCCAAACUGGCAUGCUCAAGGGAGACAUUGAUGAAAUGACAGGUCACACAUUUGAUGACAUUACGGAUGGAAGCAGAAAUUCAAACAGAAAGAUACUUUAUGAAAGGGAAUGUCUUCAUUUGUUUGUCUUUCAAUGCUGCACGUUCACUCAUGAGACAGAUCGCAACAUGAAGUUCCUGAAUGGUUGUCUUGGAAAAUAAUCAGAUGUGGUGGCAUUGGGGCAAAUAUAUGUUUGUGCUUAGGAAUAUUUCCAGAUACUAUAGAUUUCUGUUACAAAGCAGCUGGGGAUGCUUCCCCUGUUUAUGUAUAUGCCCUAUGAUAAAUUUAUCUCAUUCAUAGGUUAGUUUAUGUGGCUGCAAUUCUAAAACACACUCAUUAGUGAAUACAUCCUAUUGGAAUCAGCAGGGAAAACAAGUGGGUGUGUUAGGACUGUAGCUUGUAAAUGGCAUAUGGUGAUAAAGAGAGAGUUUUAAAGAUUAAGUAAGACAUUGUUAAUAAUUUUUCAUAUUAGAUUUUCUGCAUGCAUGUAGAAUUUCAAAAGUAAGCUUGUUUAACGUUGUCUGUACUUUCUGAUUUGUCAUUGUUGAGAAAAAUGAUCUCAGAUACUGAUUUCUCAGCUUUCUUUCUGAAUUAUGAUUGUAUUGGAUUUCACUUUUCAGUGGGAACACUUUUUUAGUAAAACACUUUUAAGUUUGGUGCAAUAUCCCUUUUUAAUGUUAACUGCCAAUGUAUCGCUUGUCUAGAAAAUCUAUAAAAUACUUGUGCAGAUUUUAAGUGGGUGGGUGAUUUAAAAUUAUUCUAAAUGAAAUUAUUUAUAUUGGUUUAAACCAUAUUGACUUCUUUACCGAUCAGAAGUGCAGGAAACCUGCAGACUAAUAUUGUUACAGUUCACAAAUAGUGACAGAAUAUAAGCUGUAUUUUCUUAGCCACAAAUGUGUAUAUUUAUAACUGUUGCUAUUAAAUGUUGUUAAUGGUGCUUGAGCACAGCUAGUGUGUAAACAAAUGUGAAAUGUGGCAUUUGAGAAGGAUGGAGUGCCUUUUUCUCAUGAAUUCUGGAGAGGAGGGAUGAUUGUUGCACUAGCUGAAAGCUUAUUCGGGGGGUUUUAAUUGGCAGUGAAUAUUUGAUAGAGCUGUAUUCUGCUUAAGCAUCAUCAACCAAGAUAUAAUUCCCAGUAUUUGAUGCAAAACCACAAUGCAUUUUUUCCAGUGCUUUGCUGUAGGAACAGCAUUCUGUUAGCUACUGCUAAAAGGCUAGUAGCAAAUGGUGUAAACCUUAAGCACUCCUUAAGUUUUACAACCAUAACUUAAGCACAUAGUGAUGUCCCACUUCAAGUAUUUCUAGGAAUUUCUUUUUAGAAUGGAUUCUUGAAAUGAAAUUAAGAGGCUUUUAAAAAUAAACACUCUUCACAAUUUGUGAUGACUAAGAAAUGGUGUUCUCUUUUUUAUGGUGGUAAGGGAUUUCAUGCUGCUUGCACAUUUUUUAAAAAAUAAAAAGCCUGAUAUUUUCUUAUGUAUGUCAGUAAGGCUCUGUUUUAGGAGAACAUGUUCUGUCAGUUACAGAGACAGAAAUUCAGUGAGAGGGUUUCUACUACAAAGUCUACCAUCCUUUUUGGAACAGAUGUAGCCAAUGUGGUAAAAAUAGCUAUAUAAAGUCAGCAGUACUGAAUGUACUAUAUUUGUAAUAUUCCUGCUUUUCCCAAGAUGUGCUAAAAGCUAUGAAGCCAAUGCAAUACAAAGAUAAAUGAAACAGCAGUAUGUAUUCUGUUUUCUUUCAAAGGGCAGUAAAAGCUUAAUAGAAAACUCUUAUUUGUACCAAAUAAACAUCAGCAACUAUACAUAUAGUCCUUACAUAGGGGCUGCCCUCUGUACUUGUUCCUGUGUUAAUUUUGAAAACACAAAUGCAGGAUAUCAUAAUGCAGGUCUUGAUUGUAUUAAAGCUUUUCCUCCUGCACGGAAUCAAU